AUGUCUCGACCAGCAAAGGCCGACUGGGCCGACGACGAAGAAUUCGACGACCCCUCUGCCCUCCCCGCCCAACAAAUCACAACCAACAAAGACGGCACAAAGACCGUAAUCUCAUACCGCUUCAACGACGAAGGCAAGAAAGUCAAAGUCACCCGCCGCAUCAAAACAACCGUCGUCCGCGAGCACGUGAACCCGCAGGUCGCGGAGCGCAAGACAUGGGAUAAAUUUGGGCUCGAGAAGGGCCACGCCGCGGGGCCCUCCUUCGACACGACCUCCGUCGGCGAGAACAUCGUCUUCAGACCCUCGGUUAACUGGAAGGCGCAGGCUGCCGAGGCGGAGAAGAACGGCGGCGAGAAGGGGAGCAUCAAGGACCAGCUUAAGGAUAAGAAGGUCAAGUGUCGGAUUUGUUCGGGCGAGCACUUUACUGCCCGCUGUCCGUUUAAGGAUACCAUGGCGCCUGUGGAUGAGGGUGGUGCUGCGGCUGGUGAGGGCGGUGCUGGGGGCGAGGAGGAUGCGGCGGGUGGUCUUGGUGCGGGUGGUGGUAGCUAUGUGCCGCCUCAUCUGCGGAAGGGCGCUGCUGGUGGUGGUGAGCGGAUGGCUGGCAAGUACGAGAAGGAUGACCUGGCGACUCUCAGAGUUACGAACGUUUCCGAACUCGCGGAGGAACAAGAACUCCGGGAUCUGUUCGAGCGCUUCGGUCGUGUCACCAGAGUCUUCCUGGCCAGGGACAGGGAAACCCAGAGGGCCAAGGGCUUUGCCUUCAUCAGCUUUGCGGACCGGAGCGACGCCGCACGUGCCUGCGACAAGAUGGACGGAUUCGGUUAUCGCCACCUCAUUCUGCGCGUCGAAUUCGCCAAGAGGGCCACUUAG